AUGUCGCACGCACGAGUCGAAGAGGUCUCAGACUCUGAUCCAGACGACAUGGACCCGUCGGAUUUCGAUCCGGCCAAGGACUCGAUCAUAUAUCGCGAAGACAUGGAAAUCCCCAUGACAAACACCAUGCCGCCCGUCCCCGUUAUUCACCAUACAUCUCGCCCUAUACCUCGCCCGGCCGGCCGUCCUGCUCCCCCGGCCGCCUCGCCCUCUCCGCCGCUCUUCCCGUCGAGCUCGCCGCAGAUGCGCCGCCCCGCCAUCUCCCAGGGCCGCGACAUCCCACGCUCCUAUCAGUGCCUCUACGCCGUGUACUUUGACCGGACACGAACCCGCGCGGAAGGGAGGAGAGUCAGCCGGAAGCUGGCCGUGAGCAAUCCGCUGGCAAAGGACAUUCUAGACGCCGCGCAGCUGCUUGGACUGAAUGUCGGGUUCGAGCCGGACAAGCUGCAUCCCAAGGACUGGUCGAAUCCUGGGCGUGUGCGUGUGAUGCUCAAGGACGAGGACGGACGGCCUGCCAAUACCAAUAUCAAGAACAAACACCUUCUCUACACACACGUUGCCCGGUAUCUACAAUCCCACCCGACAACAGAACAGGCUCCCUUCCGACUCCGGCUGCAGGGCAUGCCCGUACCGGACAAGCCACCAGGGCCGCCGGCCACGCCACGGGGAUGGAAAAUCGGCACGAUCCUACCCCUGCAUUCACCUGCUCUGACGGGCGGCGGGGUUAGCGACAAUCCGUUCAAGGAGGCCAUGAUGGAGAUGCAGGCGCAGCAGGGGUUGCCGGGCAUGCCUGCGCCGGCGGGUGCGGCCUCAGAGCCGAAGAAGAAGAGCAAGAAGAAGGGGAAGGCCUAA